AAAUCUUCUGAGAGUUUCUUAUUCUUCUUCUUCUUCACAAACAAACUUUAUCCUCACAAAACCAAAUUCUUCUUCUUCUUCAAGAUGUACUCGUCUUGCAAUUAUCUUCAAUUUCACCGAACAACAACCACCGUACCCAUACCCAACGCGUCUCCGUUUAUGCUCCGUCGCAGCUCUUACGGCUUCGGUGUGUUUCACAGGAAACGAGCUCGUUUCAAACGACAGAGUCGGAGUUUGUUCCUUGUGAAAUCGUCAAUUCUUCCUCCGCCUUUCGAUGGCAGCGUUCCUCUCGAUUCCUUUGCUCCAUCUGUCGCCGGAUUCGCUUCCGGCUUCGCCGUUUAUUUAUCGUCGAGGUUGUUUGGAAAGUCUUUAGAGAUUAGUGAUAGAACUAGAAUCGUUGAUGAUGUUGUUGGGGAAUGGAUUUUUCUCACCACUCCUACGCCGUUUAACAGAUUUGUUCUUCUUCGUUGCUCUUUGCUCUCCUUUGAUGAUGAUUCUGACAGUUUAAGCGAUAGACUCCUCACAGAGGAGAGGCAUUUCGUUACUUUGGAUACCGGGAAGAUUAUUGUAUCGGCUGCGGAUGAGAAGAAUCCGUUGGAGUAUCAGAGAGUUUGUAUCACUACUGAGGACGGCGGCGUUGUUUCGCUUGAUUGGCCGGCUAAUUUAGACAUCAGGGAGGAGCGUGGGAUGGAUACGACGGUGAUUUUCGUACCUGGAACGCCGCAAGGCAGUAUGGAUGAAGGCGUCCGAUCAUUUGUAUGCGAAGCUCUGAGACGGGGAAUGUUUCCUGUGGUCAUGAACCCUAGAGGUUGUGCUGGUUCGCCUCUCACUACACCUCGGUUAUUUACAGCUGGUGACAGUGAUGAUGUAUCCACAGCUUUGCGAUUCUUAACCAAGACAAGGCCAUGGACGACACUUACUGCUGUUGGCCGCGGGUAUGGUGCAAAUAUGUUGACAAAAUACCUGGCAGAAGCCGGGGAAAGAUCACCUCUUACAGCUGCUGUAUGCAUUGAUAAUCCUUUUGAUCUUGAGGAGACCACACGGUCACGGACAUCUCCUUAUUCUACUAGUUUGGAUCAACAACUUACAGGUGGAUUAGUUGAGAUACUGCUGGCAAACAAGGAGCUUUUCCAAGGCAGAGCAAAAUCCUUUGAUGUUGGAAAGGCUUUGUCUUCAAAAUCAGUUCGCGAAUUUGAUAAAGCCUUGUCCAUGGUGACAUAUGGUUGCGAGAGUAUAGAAGAUUUCUAUUCCAUUUGUGCCACCAGAGAUGUGAUUGGGGAAGUAAAAGUUCCUGUCCUCUUUAUACAGAAUGACGAUGUAGUGCCACCUUAUACAAUACCACGAAGUUCAAUAGCUGAAAACCCAUUUACAAGCCUGCUUCUGUGCUCUGCUUCACCAAGUCUGAUCCAUGGACGUGCAGUGGCCGUGUCUUGGUGCCAGGACCUUGCGAUUGAGUGGUUGACUGCUGUAGAACUUGGGCUUUUGAAAGGUCGUCAUCCACUUUUGAAAGAUGUGGAUGUUACUGUUAACCCUUCAAAGGGCUUAGUUUUUCCGGAAGCCAGAGCACCUGAAAAAAGUAUCGGUGCCAAGAAGCUUGUGCAGGCAGCCGACGAAAAGAAGAAUGGUUAUCACGUAGAUCCGUUCAGGGAAACACUUGAAUACGGUGACAUCACCCCGAACUCGAACUUGUCGUCUGGAACAGAUUUAGACAAGAACGUAAAAAACGAGUAUGAAACAGAAAAUAGUAGAGUUUCAACAAGCAGUCGUGUUGAAGUUGAUACAGAAGAUAAUGAGUCCAACGUAGAAGAAAUUGAAAGAGGUCAGGUGUUGCAGACUGCAGAAGUGGUUAUGAACAUGCUGGAUGUAACCAUGCCUGGCACCCUAAAAGCUGAAGACAAGAAAAAGGUUAUGGAUGCUGUUGGUCGAGGAGAGACAGUUCUACAAGCAUUGCAAGAUGCCGUGCCAGAAGACGUUCGUGAGAAGCUUACAACAGCUGUAUCUGGGAUCUUGCAGUCAGGUGGCACUAAAUUAAAUCUUGAAAAGCUUAAGCUUCCUAGUAUAUCACCAGGAUCGAAAAAAGCGGAGGAGGCAAGUAAAGAACCAUCAAGUGCCAUAGGUCAAAAGGAUUCUGAUUCUCCUGUCCGGAUAGAUACGAGCGAUGGUUCAGUGAGUGGCUCAGACGAAAGUAUUAGUGGCUCAGACAAUUCUCCAGGUGGAAAAGAACUAGAGCAUUUCCCUACUGAGGUUUCCCAGAAAUACGGUGAUUCCGGAAAGUCCCAACCUGUCAACAGUGAUCAAGAUGGUAGUCUUGAAAAUCACGAGUCCUAUACCAAUGAAAAGACCAGUGCAGCUGGUGGUUCUGAGAUGGCUUCCGAAGCAAAGAGUGAUAGUGCCAACCAGGGGUCAAUUGGCAAAGAGGAUGUUACGAGUAAUGAUGAAAAAGUGGACCAAGGUUCUGGAGUAGCUACGCUUCAAAGACAGGUAGAAACUGAUAAAAACAAUGAGAAAGGAGAACCAAAUGCCAAUGAAAAUUCCAGUGUAGUUGAUGUUGAGAAGGCUUCAGAUGGAAAGAAUGAUAACCCACAUCCAGUUGGUGCAGACGAUAUACCUAGUGAUGGGGACAAAGUGGACCAAGGUGAUGUACUAGCUCAACAACAAAGAAAGGAGGAAACUAAUAAAAAUGAUGAGAAUGCAAAACAGCCUGCCUCAGAUCAAAACAAGGUAGUGACAUCUACCAGCAAUGAGGGAGAUGCUGGAAAAUCUUCUGUUUCACAGCCUGUUGAGAAAGACGAAAGUGAUGACCAGAACAAAGAAACCAAAGUUAUGCAGCCUGUAUCAGACCAAACUAAGCCAGCAAUUCAGGAACCAAAUCAGCCCAAAUUUAAUGUUUCCCAAGCAUUUGAAGCAUUGACGGGAAUGGAUGAUUCAACUCAGGUAGCUGUCAAUAGUGUUUUUGGUGUGCUCGAAAACAUGAUUUCUCAGCUGGAUGAAGAAAAUAAAGAAGGAAAUGAGGCAAGUGAUGAGAAGAAUCUCAAGGAUGAGAAGAAUGUCACGAAUGAGGUAACGUCUUUAUCUGAAGAAAAAAUUUCCUACAAGAAAGAAACUGACAGGCCUAUACCCUCUGAAAAAUCACAUGAUUCUGUUGGCAGUGUGAAUGAAACUGAAAAAACUUCUGACAAUGAUAAGGUAACAGGGGUAGUGAUUGAAAAACUUUUGCGCGGAGAUGAAUCUGUGAUUGGCAAGCAUUCACCGAAGAUUCUGCCUGAAAGAAAUACAGAUUCUGUCAAAAAUUCUUCUCAUGACGGAUACCUCGGGGAGGAACUUUCAAAAGAAAAGAUCGCGAAACAGUUAGACAUAGAUACAACCACUGCUCUCAUGCUUGACUAUUAUCCUGAGGAAGGUAAAUGGAAGCUACUAGAUCAACAACCAGAACACUUGGUUGAUGACUAUUAUCCUGAGGAAGGUAAAUGGAAGCUACUAGAUAAACAACCAGAAUACUUGGGUAACCUUGCUGACAACGUAGCAGCCAGCAGAGAUACGCACGAAAAUGUUCAGGCUCAUUCCCUCAAUGUAGGUAACGAAGAGAACAUCAUUGAGCCUUCAUAUGUGAUAUUGGACCAUGAAAAAGAGUUGGAGCUUUCCGAAACGCAUGAUGCAGCGGACAAUCAAAAUGAUGGUCCUCACAAAUUAGACAAAGGAUAUGAGGAAUUGGAGCACCUCAUUCAAGUUAUUGUAUCAGACUCUUUGAAUGUAGAAGUUCAGCGCCGAAUGGAUUCAGCUGGUAUGAGGCAAAUUGAGUCUCAACUCAGUCAUGAUAUAAAAAUGGUGGCAAAGAAAUUUUCAUAUGCUGUUGUAUAUGCGGAGCCUACUUGGACUUUCAUAAGGAAUAGCAAAAGUUCCAAUGGCCCUGCUGGAAAGGUAGGUAAACUUCAUGGGGACGCUAUCAUCAGGGCAAUUGCAUCUGCUGUCCAGGAGGCGCAUUUUCUCAGACAAGUACUGCCUAUUGGUGUUGUUGUUGGCUCUGUUUUAGCUGCUUUGAGAAAAUAUUUCGAUGUAUCUACAACAACCAACAAUGCUAAGAGAGAUAUUCUCCCGGGUAGAACACAGAAGUAUGAGAACAAUGGUGUAACAGCGAGUGUUGUGCCAGACAAAGUGAGCAAGGAGACCAAACGAAACAACUCGAGCAUUGGAGAAAUGGUAGAAUCUGGCCUGCAAAAUAUUAACAAUGAGGGUGUCAUGGUUGGAGCUGUAACAGCAGCUUUGGGAGCAUCUGCAAUGCUGGUUCAAAACGAGGAUCCACAAAGUGGUGGCAUCAUGUCAAAAUCAUCGGAGAAAGAUAGUCAACAUAAAGAAUCUGGAAAAAUUGACCAAAACAGUAUAGUGGCAAGUUUUGCUGAGAAAGCCAUGUCCAUAGCUGGUCCUGCUGUUCCAACAAAGGAAACUGGUGAAGUGGAUCAGGAUAGGAUUGUGGCGAUGUUGGCAGAUUUGGGUCAGAGGGGUGGCAUAUUGAGGUUAGUUGGAAAACUUGCUCUUCUUUGGGGUGGCCUUCGUGGUGCUAUGAGUUUAACUGAUAGGCUAAUCCAAUUCUUGCGCAUGGAUGAGUGGCCUUUACUCAAGAGGGCUGUGGGUUUUAUUGGCAUGGUGCUCGUUUUAUGGUCACCGGUUGUGAUUCCAUUGCUUCCAACACUUCUCCAGAAUUGGUCAACAAGUAAUCCUUCUAGAGUGGCGGAACUAGCUAGUGUAGUUGGUCUCUAUGUCGCUGUAUUCAUUCUUGUUAUGCUGUGGGGAAAGAGAGUACGGAAGUAUGAAAACCCAUUCAAGCAAUAUGGACUUGAUUUUAAGUCAUCAAACAAAGAAAAGAUUCAAGAGUUUUUAAAGGCCUUUGCAGGGGGCAUCACAGUCGUACUACUAAUACAGUUCAUAAAUGCAAUAUCAGGAGCUGCGGUUUUUUCUCGGCCGCCAUAUUUUCAACAUCCUUUUGAUUCCAUUAAGUGGCUUAAGGGAUGUGGGCAAUUGCUUCUGCUGAUAAUUAGGGGAUUAACAGCUGCGACAUUUGUUGUGCUUGUGGAAGAGUUGCUCUUCAGAUCAUGGAUGCCUGACGAGAUUGCUAUAGAUCUGGGCUACCAUCAAAGCAUUAUCAUUACAGGACUCAUAUUUGCCUUGUUCCAGAGAUCCUUGAGAUCAAUUCCAGGGUUAUGGCUUCUGUCAUUGGCGCUCGCUGGGGCUCGUGAAAGAAGCAAUGGAAAUCUGAUUGUUCCAAUCGGGUUGCGGGCAGGAAUCAUAGCAACGAGCUUUAUACUACAGUCUGGUGGAUUCCUCACCUACAACCCAAAUUCCCCGGCUUGGAUUGCAGGGAGCCGCCCUUUACAGCCUUUUAGCGGAGUGGUUGGUCUUAUGGUCUCUUUGGCGUUGGCAUUCAUUCUUUAUCCGAGAUAUUCUCCAGGAACCAAGAUGCAGAAAUAUAAUUAAGAAGAAGGGAAAUAAUAAGAAACGGCAUGUUGUGCUCAUGCCCUCUCUGUGAGUUGCAGAGCGAAACUUGUUUCACUGUGAGCAAAAGGAUAAAAAGGAGAAGGUGAAAGUAUAAACAAUGAGGACAGAAGAAGAGCUUCGGAUCUGCAUGCUUGUUGCAGGUCUGCUACGGGUUCCUGACAGAGUGAACUAAAUCAAAGAAGAUGUUGGAGUUGAAAAAAGAUGUAAAUGAAGUUGAAUACAGAAAUCACAAGACUUGCACUAUGGGUAAACGUGGAGCCAAAAAAGAUCGCAUUAUGAAAUAUUAUUCAAUUUGGUUUUUGUUUAGAAUCUCAGCGCCCCUUUGUCUUCUUUCCUUUCGUUUUUUAUAUUGCCCGGUGCCUCUUUGUCUUCGUUAUGGUCAGACUUAUAGAUAAAGUGUUUGAGCCAAUCUGUUCAACUCAGAGAUCUACGAAGGAGGUUCUAGGGACAUCAUACUAUCCAUUAGCAGAAACCAACGCAAGUAAUUUGGCUUAUGGUCAGACCAGCAGUGGCAAGACAUUUGCAAUGAAAGGAACCAUUGUGGAAAAUCUGGUGGAGGAAGUGGUAGAAACCAGGCACCAUUUACAGCAUAUAAUUGACAUUUGUGAAGAAUCUUGUUAGAAGUGAACGUGCUUGUCAAACAAAUGCAGAUGGUCUAAGAUUGAAGGAAGAAAGCCAUGUCAACUAUCACUUAAUGACACUUACUAGAGUGAUCCGAAAGCAUAAUGGUUUGAAAACCAUGAUUUUCCUUGGGAAUGUCUAAAUUAUCUUUUAAGUUGAUGAACAUAGUCGCUGGUAGUAACAUUUUUUUUUAAUUGAGGAGUCCAUUCCAAGCAAAGCUGUUCCGAAAAGCCGCAGUACAGCUUAGGAGAAAUGAUAAUGUGAUUGAGGCAGUUAGUCGUUUACUUCAACGGAUCCAAGAGCGCUAAGUUCAUAUAAUUCGUUUGCUUCAAAAGCAUCAAAAGAAGUUGGUUGAGGAAGCAAGCCUACAUCUAGAGCUAAAUCACAAAGAAGUGACAUCUCCAAUAAAACUGGUUGGUCAACAAGCUGCAGAAAAGAGUUGCGAAAAUGUUGUCAGAAACCUGCGACACGCAGAAGAGCAAUCUUUUUAACCAAAAGGUAACUUGAAGGAAGAAACAAUCCCGGUUGAACUCUCAAGAAAUUGCUACCAUGGAGAAGAAGCUUUUGAAGGCGUUCAGAAAUCUAUUGACACAUGCUUGUCUCGUCUUUUCAGACCGAAGAACAGACUCGACAUAAAUAAAAAGAAGACAGUUCUUCCCUUGGGCUUAAGUUAUAGUCCUAACAUAAUGCAGAUGAUCCGGGCAGCACAUACUCCUCUUUCAUCUUCUGGGACUCUAAAAUGGCUCUUGAGAGCAAAAUACAAUUUGUUCCCAUGGGUUCCUGUUUCCUAUGGACAAAAUACAAUUUCUCACAUAAGCAAAAGCAUUUUAUCUUCGAAAAGAACAACCAAAGAGAGGUAAGAUUCUUUGUAAAACUAACACCUGAGAAUUUUUUUUAGUUUCAAUAGAUCAUUGGCUAAAGACUC